CGUCGCAGAAGACCUGCUAUAUCCGAUCUCAUUCCGAACCACAGCAGGAGCAGUAGCAGUAGCAGUAGCGCCAGCACCAGCACCAGCACCAGCAGCCAGGUACAGAACGAUCGCGUUAUUGUCGUGGGGAAAUUGAAGAAUGAAGAUACGGAUUGGAUUAGGAAUGAGUUGCCUGACUGGCAACACGCAAUUUAUAUCGUAGACGAUCCGUCCGCGCCCCUGGGCGUCACCCAAAACAAAGGCCGCGAAAGCAACGUCUAUCUCACCUACAUCAUCAACCACUACUCCGAGGCCCUGCCAUCCACUAUCGUCUUUCUUCACAGCCACCGCUCCGGCUACCCGGAAGCCUGGCACAACGAAUUCAAUGACCACAGCAACGUCCGGAGCAUUAAGAACCUCCAGACGGACUAUGUCCAAAGAACCGGCUACGCGAAUCUCAGAUGUACCCCGUCCCCCGGGUGUCCUGAUGAAAUCCAGCCAUUCCGGGAACCGAGAGAGGAGUCGAGAAAGGCAGAGAAUGCCUUCGGGGCGGUAUGGAAGUUGUUUUUCAACACCACUGUCAUUCCCGAGGUCGUUGCGGCGCCGUGUUGUGCGCAGUUUGCGGUUUCGCGGGAGCAGGUGCUCAAGAGACCGUUGAGCAGUUACCAGCUGUAUCAUCAAUGGGUGAUGGAGACAGAUCUGGACGACGAGGUUAGUGGGAGAGUGAUGGAAUAUAUGUGGCAUGUUAUCUUUGGGAGGGAGGCUGUGUAUUGUCCUGAUAUGGACGAGUGCUUUUUGGAUGUCUAUGGGACG